UUUAUUUAUCAUUAAUUUAAUAAUAAUGGAAAAUACAGGUGGAGUUUUGGCACAACUUCCUCCUGCUCCUCCUGACAAAUGAAAUAGAAAGAUAAGGUGUACUUUAAAUGUGGAAAUUUUGCCCCUAUAAACAUAAAACGGAAAAAAAUAAAAAGAAUAACAAAAAAGUAUUGAGGUAUCUACAGUCUACUACAAAGAAUACAAUUUCUGUUAAAUUAUUGAAAAUAAUUUUAAAAAUUAUUUUGAUUAAAAGUUGUUAA